AAAGCGGGAUGCUCUCGUGAAGUGCUUCUGGCGCGCGCCUGAGAAAAGCUGAACAUUGAGAAAAGCACCAUACAUCCUAAACAACAAGCAAGCAUGGCGUCAAAGUGUCCGAAAUGCGAAAAGACAGUGUAUUUUGCUGAAAAGGUGACCUCUCUGGGGAAAGACUGGCACAAGUUUUGCCUGAAGUGUGAACGCUGCAGCAAAACUCUUACAGCAGGAGGCCAUGCUGAGCACGAUGGGAAACCCUUUUGUCACAAGCCCUGCUAUGCUGCCCUCUUUGGGCCAAAAGGUGUAAACAUUGGGGGUGCAGGCUCUUAUGUGUACGAGGCUCCAAUCAACAAAGAGCCAGCCCAGUCUACUGUGGACUGUGCACCCAAACUUGAAGAGAAGCGCGCCCCGGUGUCCAGCAGACCUCCCUCUAAAGCUGGAAGUGUCACCACCUUUUCUGGAGAGGCAAACGUGUGCCCCAGGUGUAAUAAAAGGGUCUACUUUGCUGAGAAGGUGACGUCUCUAGGGAAAGACUGGCAUCGGCCAUGUCUGCGCUGUGAGAGGUGCAGCAAGACCCUGGCUGCAGGGAGUCAUGCAGAGCAUGAUGGCAAGCCCUACUGCCAUAAACCAUGCUACGCUGUCCUGUUUGGACCAAAAGGAGUGAACACAGGUGGUGUUGGAAGCUACAUUUAUGACAAGGAAGUCAACACAGAGGCCCAGCCAUGAGCUUGUGUCUUUAAAGUCCCUGCACUACACAGUCACACAUCACCAUUAGCACAUAAAGGCUCUCUCACACACACAGACGCACACACACACAAAAGGUCCACACCAACAUGUUCCCCACAACCACUCCAACUGAGAUCAGUGCCACUAUGGACAUCUAUGGGAACCUGAUGCCACGUUACAGAACCCUUCCUGAGCUUUGAUCUUUCACUUAUGGUUUCUGUUGGUUUCCUUCUUGUUACACAUGGAUGCUGUAAGUCUAUACAUCCUGUUCUCAUGUUCAACAUUAUGCGUUAUUUGUUACGGUGUAUGGUAAUCAAUUUAAAAGGUUUUAUAAAUAGAUCUUAUGUAUAUUAUCCAACCCAUUUAUUAUUGUUAUGUUGUACCACACUCAUCCACAAAAGGGUGCUAGCUACAAAAAUGUCAGAAAAAUGAUAUACAGCACUGUAGAAAAAUUCUGAAUGAAAGGUAAAGAAAAAGAGUUCUAAAAGUUUCUUUUUUAAAUAUAUGUAGGUUUUGCAUUUUUAAUACUGUGCUGACAAAUCUUUGCCCUGGUGCCGCAUUGCAGUUCUUAAGUCUACAAUAAAUAAGACUCAUAAAUCUGUAAAAGAUUCGCCAACCCAGAUUUACAAUUUGGCACGCCUCACAUCGUCUCUAACCCAGCAAUGAUGUGUAAAAAAUUAUCAGACUGUAAAAUAAAAGGGUUGAAUCUUUUCUUUUUUUUUUUAAGAGAGAGAAACCAAGCCUAUCACUGUGUGUUUGUAGGGUGAAGGGUGUUGUGUAGUUUGUAAAGGGUUCCUAAUGCUCGAGUAGCUAAGACCAGUACUUAUAGUAGCUAUCAAUUUUAGCUUUACAUUUACCAACAAGUGAAAUGUAUCAAUUUGUUUUACAUUAAUGUGGUCCGUAUGUAACGUUGAAGAUUUAAUUUCUUGAAAAGACAUUGCCAGUCAGAAUUAGCUGAUGGGAAGCUAUAAAGGUAACUUUAUUGACAAGGCAUUCUAAUGGAAUGCGCUUCAGUACUUUAAGACUGUUAUUAAUUGUAUGAUUUAUUUCUAGUAGAUUCAGAUUUGAGUAGGAUUUUUCCAUUUAUGUCCUACUGCAUCAGUGUUCUUAAUAAAUUUGUAUACAGCA